AUGACGAUUAAAGAUUUUGUUUCGAACGCUUCUGAAAUUAAUUCCGCAAAUAUGGAAGAUCUCAAUGAGGAUUGCCUCUACUAUAUAUUGGAAUAUUUGCCCACUGAAGACAGCAUUAGUUUUGCCCAAGUAUGCCAAAGAUUUCGACAGCUUUUAAUAACUAAAUGGUGUGGUAAAUUCCGCGAAUAUAUCCUCGAAAGUUACUGUACGAGACUGGAGCUUAUCAAAUUUUGCAUCUGUCGGGAGGCGGUUGAGUCUUUAACCAUCGAUCUGGAUCAUUUUGAUACGGCCAGAUGCUUUCGAAACUAUGGAUGCAUAGCUCCAAAAAACUGUUUUGAAGUUCUCUGUCAGACUUUGCUCGGAAUGGUUGGGUUGCAGCAGUUGGUAGUGAAGCAGCUGUCCAUGCUGAUCACACCCAUUGAGAAGCCCUUCGAUCGAAUUCUGACAGCUGUUAGAUAUUUGCCGAGUCUAAGAAGUUUGAAACUGCAUGCUAGAGAUGACUGCAGCUUGGAACGUCUAAGUCAGCUUCAGCAUCUUGAAAACCUUCAGAUCCUUGUACCAAAAAUUCCACUUGCAACUCUGGUGAAAACCUGUAAAUCCAAUGGAAAGCUUGGUAGCCUUCAUAUUGGCUAUGCCUGUAUUCAGAAAAACCUGGGUGACAUAGUGCCCCACUGCAAGAAUCUGGAGGUCCUUAAGUUUGGUAUGUCUUCGAAUUCUUCGGAUUACUUGCCGUUGGCCAGGCUUCCCAAGCUUAGGGAACUCUCUUACUUUGGGAUUCGUAGGAGCGGCUCCUUUGAGCCACUUCUCUCAGCUUUGGCGGCCAAAUCACAGUUGACGCACCUGUCCAUCGAUGGCGGAAGUCUUACUCUGCAGGAGACCUCUCAGUUAGUACGAAUCCAGAGCUUAAGGUACUUCAAGGGCUUCUUUUCAACGACGGAUUAUGUGGAAAUGCUGGGCAGUCUAGCGAAUCUGGAGGAGGUGUGUAUCUCGAUGUUUUCCCCACUGGAUAUAUCCCAUUCCUUAUUGGCAGUCAUUGCGAGGUGUAACAAACUGAAACUUCUAAGAAUCGCAGCUGGUAAUGUAAAUACAAAGAUUCUAAAUGAUGCUAUUAGACUUAAAGAAGGUAGUGAUAUAGUCUUGGUAGUAGAUAAAGUUAGUUAA